AUGCAUGGCUUACGAGUUGCCUUCGCAUUGGCCGCAUGGCUCUCCACUUCCGUGGCCCGUUCGCUCAUCGCACCUGAUGCUGGUUACUCUCUCAUUGAUGGAUUGACUCAAGCCGGCUACAAGACCGCAUACCUGAUCGACACCAAGAACUACACCGCCCUCGGAGAGACCAUGACAAAGGACGUCCAGUAUGAUAGUUCAAGCCUUGGUGUAUAUGGUGGCAAGGCUGUGGGCCUGGAUCAAGUCAAGAAGGCGCUUCAAGAAGCUAUCGGGCAMUCCAAAGUCGAGCACCUGGUGACCAAUCUCUACCUCAAGGAACUGAUGUCCCCAACGAAAGCGCGAGUCAUUACCUACAUCACUUACUCGCACUGGGAUGAGACAAGCCUAGACGACAUCAAGAAGACUUACCGGAUAUUUUAUAAGUGCGACGAUGUAUGGGUUUGGGAGGACAGCCGUUGGAAGAUGAGUACCAGUUACGUCACCAACAUGGGUCCCAAGCCAGAGAUGCCGUACUUUGGCAAGUAG